AUGGGAGAAAAAGUAUUUAUUACAGGUUCAACCGGAUUUAUCGCCCAACAUAUAGUUAAAUUAUUAAUAGAAACAGGAUAUACAGUAAUUGGAACAGUCAGAUCAAAAGAGAAAGGAGAAGUCUUGAAAAAAUUAGUCAAUUUUGAAAAUUUUAGUUAUGCAAUCGUACCUGAAAUUUCAGCACCUGGAGCAUUUGAUAAAGUUUUAAAAGAAAAUCCAGAUAUUGAUUAUGUUUUACAUGCAGCAUCUCCGUUUACUUAUUUCACCGAUAAUCCAGAAAAAGAUUUAAUAGAACCUGCUUUAAAUGGAGUUAAAGAGAUUUUAAAUUCAUCAUUAAAAUAUUUAAAAAAUUUGAAAAGAUUUAUAAUUACUUCAAGUGAUUCUGCCAUUUAUUCAAAUGUUGAUGAAAAAAAUAAUUCAUUGAAAUUUGAUGAAUCAAGUUGGAAUUUAAUGCCAAGGGAAUUGGGAACAAAGGAUGCUAUAACAGCUUAUUAUAUAUCAAAAGCCUUAGCAGAAAAACAAACAGUUGAAUUUAGAUCAAUACAUAAACCAGAUUUUAAAUUUGUUUCAAUAAAUCCAUCUUAUGUAUUUGGUCCUCAAGCAUAUCAUUGUGAUCCAUCUAAAAUAAACGAGUCAAAUCAAAUGAUUAGUGAUUUAUUAACCAAAACCAAAUCAGGAGAUAAAUUAGAUAUAGAAUGUGGUGGAUAUAUUGAUGUAAUAGAUGUCGCAAAAGCUCAUAUUUUUGCAAUGCAAAGUGAUAAUGUUAUAAGUGAAAGAUUAUUUAUGAAUAAUGGACAUUUUUCAACUCAAAUGUUAUUAGAUUUAAUAAAUAAAAAUUUCCCACAAUUAAAUUUAAUAAAGGGGAAACCAGGUACUGGAAAAGAAGAUAUUAAAAUCUUAGCUAAAAUUAAUAAUGAUAAAACUAAAAAAUUAUUACCUUGGAAAUUUAUUAGUUUAGAGAAAACUGUUAUUGAUGUUGUUAAUCAAAUUUUAGAAGCUAAAAAGAAUGAAAGUUCAAAAUUUUAG